AGUAGUAUAAGGGUGUAUAUCCGCGUUCAGCAGCAAAAAAUUUCUUCCGCGAAUCCACGUUUCUGCGACGAUUUGUAUGCUAUUCAACAUGGCAGGGUAAGGGGUGCAGAAAAGAUCAGAACUCACUUACUUCUGUGGGGCUUCUGCGAGAUCGCUCCUGAUCAGACCAUAACAUUCGCAGUGGAUAUAACAAAUGAGGGCCCACGGAAGUACGCAUCGCUGUAUGCUGGAUCCAAAUUGUGCACCGUGGACUUUGAAAAAAAUUGUCUCAGGUAUGGCUGCCUGUUUGUAAAGAGGAAAGCGCGCAACGACUUUUAUGGAAGGCAACACCUAGAAUAUUUCUUUUACCAAGCUAAUCCCCAGCCCGUUUGGAUUCCAGUGGAAGACGGACACCCGUUACCAAAAAAGAUCAUCAAAACGGGCACUACAGGUUUUGGUCGAUCUCCUGGAAACGGAGAGAAACCUCUUAAAGUGAUUUUAGCCAGCAAUGGCUGUCAGCUUACUAAUAUCUAUACUACUAGUAAUAGAGAGUCGAUCUUGCGUAGUGGCACAUGUCUUUGCGACACUGGCCACGAAUUCGUUCCAGCCAACACUGGUGAUCCUGUACCUCCCCACGCAGUCAUCGGUGGGGUUAGUGUCCCCGAAGGAUCGCUGUACCUUGGGAGAGUCGGAGGCAACAUUCCAUGUGUAAUUGAAGUUGAAAGGGGCAAGGUUAAAUCCUUCUGUUACGGCCUUAUGAAUAAAGUUCAAAGCGGCUAA